UGUUAGGAACUACCCGUCUGAUACACGCUCGAGUCAUGCGAACUCUUGGCAAGGCUGAAACGCAGCGGAUGUUUCGCCUUCUACCAUCUGUGCAUUGCAGCGGCCGUUGCUCGCUCUGGCAUCCGUCAAACCUCACGGCGCAUUCACUUGCACGCGUGCGGUCGUUCGGAUCAUGCCGGCUGAGCUACUGCGCAGACUCACUCCACCCUUCACCGUCACGCUUGGGAAGUCCAGACCAGGCUCACGCAGACCCUCGACAGAGCGCGCAUCAAACGCGAACAUGGCGGUGCAGCAACAGACCUACCUGUACCUCAUCGCCAGCAGUGACGAAAUCUACGAGAACGACAUUCUGCGCAACCCCGGUGGUAUCAAGCCAUGGCUCGAUUAUGCGAACUUCAAGCGACAGUACGGCACACUCUUGGAGCAGUCUUUCGUGUUGGAACGCGCAGUCACGGCACUGCCACGAAGCUACAAGCUGUGGAAGCUGUACCUCGAGCUCCGGACGAAACACCUCAAGGGGAAGAGCCCGUCAAACCACAGGGUGGAGUUUCAAAAGGUCAAUGCGCUGUUCGAGCGCGCCUUAGUGCUGCUGAACAAAAUGCCGCGCAUUUGGGAGAUGUAUCUUGAGUUCCUCUGCCAGCAGCCUCUGGUGACCUUCACGAGACGGACCUUCGAUCGGGCGUUGCGGUCCUUACCCCUGACGCAGCACAACCGCAUCUGGGCGCUGUACCGGCCUUUCGCGAAUUCGGCGGGUGGAGAGACGGCGGUGAGGAUAUGGCGGAGGUAUAUGCAGAUCCAUUCGGAGCACAUGGAGGAGUUUGUUGAUCUGCUGGUGCGCGAGAAGAAGUACAAAGAAGCUGUGCAGCGGUAUAUUGAGAUUCUGAACAAUCCGCGCUUUCAGUCAAGGGAGGCGAAGGGCCCACUGCAGCACUGGACUGAAAUGCUUGAAGUACUGAUCGACCAUGCGAGGGCGAUACCUAACCCAGUGCCAAUGCUGGACGGGACGACUCUCGCGGUGGAGGCGAUCAUCCGCUCCGGCCUCCAGCGCUUUCCGGACCAACGCGGCAUUCUGUGGGUAGGGCUGGCACGAUACUACAUCAACCUGGGCACCUACGAGCGCGCCCGUGACAUCUUCGAAGAGGCCAUCACGACUGUCAUGACCGUGCGUGACUUCAGCGUUGUCUUUGACACCUACGCCGAAGCAGAAGAGGCGCUCAUAGGCAUCAAACUCGAGGAGUCUGCGACGCGUCAACAGAAAGGCCAACGCAACGACGACGCCGAUCUAGAUUUGGACAUCCGCAUGAUGCGCUUCGAACAACUCAUGGACCGGCGGCCGUUCUUAGUCAACGAUGUCCUUCUCCGGCAGAAUCCACACAACGUGAGUGAGUGGCAGAAGCGCGUGGCACUUUGGGGCGACAACAAACAGAUGGUGGUGCAAACGUACACAGAUGCCAUCGCCGCCAUCAAUCCUAAGAAAGCCGCAGGCCGCUUUCACGAGCUCUGGACCAACUAUGCCAAAUUUUACGAAGCGGGUGGCGAUCUAUCGACCGCUCGCAUAAUCUUGGAGAAAGCGGUCAAAGUACCCUACCGCUCCGUCUCCGAGCUGGCGGAGAUGUGGACCGAAUGGGCGGAGAUGGAGUUGCGGAAUGAGAACUUCGACCAAGCUGUUAAUAUAAUGGCCACGGCGACCAAAGCGCCGAAAAGAAGUAACGUGGAUUAUUUCGACGAGACGCUGAGUCCGCAGCAGAGAGUGCAUAAGAGCUGGAAGCUGUGGUCGUUCUACGUCGACUUGGUUGAGUCUGUGUCAAGCUUGGACGAGACGAAGAAAGUCUACGAACGCAUCUUCGAGCUCCGCAUUGCCACUCCACAGACGGUAGUGAACUACGCCAACCUCUUGGAGGAGAACGGGUACCACGAGGAUUCGUUCAAGAUCUACGAGCGCGGGCUGGAUCUAUUCUCCUACCCCGUCGCUUUCGAAAUCUGGAAUCUGUACCUCACGAAGGCCGUGGAUCGUAAGAUCUCCAUUGAGCGACUACGAGAUUUGUUCGAGCAAGCAGUCGAGGACUGUCCGCCCAAGUUCGCUAAGACCCUCUAUCUCAUGUACGGCGCCCUUGAGGAAGAAAGAGGCCUAGCGCGGCACGCCAUGCGCAUCUAUGAGCGUGCCACCCGUGCCGUAGCGGACGAGGACCGGAUGGAGAUGUUUGAGUUUUACAUCACGAAGUCCGCUUCGAACUUUGGGCUUCCGUCCACCCGGUCCAUCUACGAGCGUGCCAUCGCAGCGCUGCCAGAUAAGGAGGCCGGGCAAAUGUGUGUCAAGUUCGCGGAGAUGGAGCGGAGGCUGGGAGAGAUUGACCGCGCGAGGGCGAUCUACGGGCAUGCGAGCCAGUUUUGCGACCCCAGGGUCGAGGCAGCGUUUUGGAGGAAGUGGGAGAGCUUCGAGGUUCAGCACGGCAAUGAGGACACCUUCAAAGAAAUGCUGCGGAUCAAGCGAUCCGUGCAGGCGCGGUUCAACACGGACGUUAAUUUCGUUGCCAGCCAGGCCAUUGCGCGGCAGCAGGCUAUGCAGGCUGGUUCGAAUGGGGACGCAGAUGCUGAAGGCGAGGUUUUGGAUGGGACUGGUGAGAAGGCGGAUGCAAUGAGAGAGUUGGAGAGGCAAGCGAGGGCACCUAUGGGGUUCGUGGCGGCUAGUACGGGGCCCGAGGGGGCGAAGAGGGAAGAGGCAUUGAUGGCGAGUCAGCCACCGGAAGUGACCAAUGAGGCCGAGAUUGAUAUCGAUGAGGAUCUGUGAUCUCGUAUAGCAGUUACUCACUUGCCUAGCAUCACGGCUGAAGAUGUCGGUGUACCUUGGGAGUCCUCUGAGUGCAGUCAGUUCGACAUCGAUGCAGACUCGCCGUCCUCAGACGCUUUAGGAAAGUCUCAGCUUUCCGCGACUGACCACUUGGACGAGGCUGUUAACGAGCGAGUCCGUGGACGAACUAAGCUUGUAAGCGAUGAUUCACUCAACGAAGCCACAUGUUACUUGCGUUCUUGGCUCCAAGUGGAUAUUUUCAACAAAGCCUUUGCUACACGAAACCUUCGCAACCUUAUACAACUUGGUGGAAAUGGCGCGCACAAGACAAAUGCGAGGAAGAGCACGGGUGGAGUACCGCCUAGAGCGAGACCGAGACUUCGAAUACACGAUCCGAGAGCACCGUCGCGGCUCCCGGCUCGCGC